UUUGUGAUUCCUUUUGAUCAAAUCUCUGUGAAAGAUGAGUGUCAUGCCCUCUUCCAGCCAGCUGUGAGGGGACUGCCCUGUGACUCGGGCGUGCACGUGUGCGUCCACGCGUGCUGCUUGUGUGUGCGUUUGGGAGGCGACUCCUGAGGUGAGAAAGCCGAGUGGGAGGAUCUCAUUCCGAUCCCCGGUGCCCAGUUUCAGCUCUGCCUGCAGUGGAGGAGCAUCGCAGCAGCCGAGCAGCCGCGGCGCAGACAAAGCCCAGCCUCGCCGCCUCGCCGCCUCGCCGCCUCGCCGCCGCGCUCAUGGCUCUUUAGUUGGACUGAGCCGCUUUGUGGGACCUGCAGAGAAUGGCCAACUCCACAGCAUCACUGCAAACCUCCGAAUAGAUGACCAUGGCUGAGGUGAUCUGCUGCACGUUGGGGAGCUGCAACUGUGACGGCUUCAAGCCCGGGAAGCUGAAGAGGAGGCAGUGUGAGAACUGCAAGCAUGGCUGGGUGGCUCAUGCUCUGAGCAAACUGAAGGUGCAUCACCUGUACCAGAGCAGCCAGGUGGAGAUUGUGCACUCCAACGUGGUGUUCGACAUCUGCAGCCUGAUGCUGUACGGCACGCAGGCCAUCCCCAUCCGCCUGAAGAUCCUGCUGGACCGCCUGUUCUCCGUGCUGAAGCAGGAGGAGGUGAUCCAGAUCCUGAACGCCUUGGACUGGACUCUGCAGGACUACAUCCGGGGAUACGUGCUCCAGGAUGCGGCGGGGAAGGUGCUGGACCGCUGGGCCAUCAUGACCUUUGAGGAGGAAAUCGCCACGCUGCAGCAGUUCCUCCGCUUCGGCGAAACCAAAUCCAUAGUGGAGCUCAUGGCUCUGCAGGACAAAGAGGGCCAGGCCGUGCUGGUUCCCAGCACCCGCACCAACUCGGACAUCCGCACUUUCAUCGAGCGCAACACGCCCCGCACUUCCGCUAACCUCUCCACGUCCAAGCUGGAGAAGGCCGGCAGCAACAGCAUGCACCACUUUGAGAACUUCAUCAACAGCAUGGCCUUCAUGCUUCCAUUCCAGAUGUUAGGCUCGGUGCAGGCGCCGUUCCUGGGAGCGCCGGCGGGGAUGGUGCAACAGCACUUCCAGCAGACGCGAGAGCUUGCAAUGGAGGGUCAGAGAAGAGAGGAUCAGGACCUCAGAAGAGACGGCGCUCUUCCUCUCUCACAUUCCUCCGAGAACAGCAGGCUGGGCUCCAGCUCCAUCUCUUUCUCUGCUGACUUGGACCAAAGUGCAGAGAAGCUGAUUGAAGGAAUCUCCCCGCCCACAAAGAUGGAGAGUGAGGACUUCUCUGCCAGCGACAACUACUCAGACGGACCCUCCACUCCGUGCACGCCAUCCAUGAGCUCUGAUGUCAUGCAGAUGUCACCUGAGGUUAAACUUCGCUCUCUGGACAGGAACGGGGGAGGAGCCUCAUCAGGUGGAGGAUCCCUGAAGAAGGGCCGCGUGUUCUGCAAUGCUUGUGAGAAAACCUUUUACGAUAAAGGCACACUGAAAAUCCACUACAAUGCUGUCCACCUUAAGAUCAAGCACAAGUGCACCAUCGAGGGCUGCAACAUGGUUUUCAGCUCACUGCGCAGUCGCAACCGCCACAGCGCCAACCCCAAUCCUCGCCUCCACAUGCCUAUGAACCGAAACAAUCGAGACAAAGACCUGCGGGGCAGCUUGUCUGCUGAUGAGAGCUCUCAAGGAGAGAAGAGGCCCGAGUACAGCAGCCCCUUCUCCAUCUGCUCCUCAGAAAGCCAUAAGUCAGCCCCCAGCUACAUGGUGAGCAAUGCCGAGCCUGGCCCCAAGCUCCACAGCAGCACGUUCCCCAGCGUGGGCCAGAGCGGAAUCCUCUUCCCCAACCUCAAAACUGUACAACCGGUCUUACCUUUCUACCGAAGCCUUGUGACACCAGCAGAACUUGCUAACACCCCAGGAACGUUGCCAUCACUCCCUCUGUUGUCCUCCUCUGUACCAGUCAAACCAGUUGCAGCACCUGAAGCCUGCCUGGCAGAACCCAUACCAAAGAAAAAGUCUCGGAAGUCAAGCAUGCCCAUUAAAAUUGAGAAAGAGACCAUAGAAGAAGAUAAGCAGAUGGAUAAGGAGAGCAGCUCUGAAGAUGAGCUACCUUCACAGGGAAAGGUCAAGCGUAGGCCACUGGAGGAGCACAUGAGCACGGAACAAUCAGGAGAGGAAGAGCAAACGGAAAAAUGCACAUUGGACCAAACUUCAGACAGGGACUUCACUGAUAAGGAAGAUAAUGAGAAGAGGCAAGCUGAAGCAAACCACUCGUUAUCCCCUUCCUUUGAAAGCAGGAUGAUGGAAAAUCACUGUGACAACUUACUUUCUCAAGAAUCCAAUGGUAGUGAAGAAAGAACAAGUAAGGAGAACGCCAACUCACCACGUGGGCCUGAAAAAAUCUCUGACCUCAAAGGUGACGAGGAAGAUUACAGGUUGACUAAUGGGGUUGGUCUCCAGUUCAUAGAUCGUGGGGGGCGGGACAAAUGUGACUACAGUGAUUCGAGCAUGUCCCACCAUGACCCCGAGGCUGACCUCACCCUGCCACACCACUGUGAAAUCUGCAACCAGAACUUUAAAGACCAGUUCAGCAUCAAGAUGCACUACCAGAACGCCCACCUCAAGGACAUACACACGUGCACGGUGGAUGGGUGCAACGCUACCUUCCCCUCCCGCAGAAGUAGAGACAGACACAGCGCAAAUUUGAACCUUCACCACAAGCUGCUGACCAAAGACUCUCUGAGUCCAGCCAGUUCCCUUUACUUAUCUUCAUCAUUUUGUAGAAACAGAGAGUCUAUUGAACAGCGAGACAGAGAUCUGCCCCGGGACCCUUCCAGCCAGACGUCUGUCAUCUUUAGGGGGCACAACCGCAUGGGUCUAGUGUUCCCCAUGAGCAAGAUACCUGCUGCACAAAGCACUGAAGCGUCUCCUAAAGCCGAGGUGGAGGAAUCAGGCAGAGGAGAGAGAAACCCGACUGCUGAGGAUGGAGCAGUCCUGGAUCUGAGCACCUCUGCCGCUGCUCCAGCUUGCAUUGGCAGCAGUGCUCAGCUGUCCUGGGACUCGGAUGGAGUCGCUAGUGAGGAGGGAGAGGGACCUGAAGAGGAUGAAGAAGUUAUCCCCAUGGAGGACAGUGAUGAAAGCUGCGAUGGAAACAGUGAGGUGAGGCACGAGGACGAUGACCCGACACUGAGUGGAGAGAGGAACCUUGGUUGUAGUGGGGGAGGACAAAGCGGAUUUCAGGGAGGUGUGACUGGAUCUCCAAUUACGUGCCACGUUUGCCAAAAAGUCUACAGCAACAAGGGCACUUUCAGGGCCCAUUACAAGACUGUCCAUCUUCGACUUCUCCACAAAUGUAAAGUCCCAGGCUGUGAUACAUCGUUCUCCUCUGUCAGGAGCAGAAACCGGCACAGCCAAAACCCCAACCUCCACAGGAACCUCUCUGUUAGCUCAGGUCCAACUUUAGCUCAUGAGUGAAGAGCUCAGAUCUCUGCGUAUCAUCUUGGUUUGUUGAAUAUGUUUGAUCCUUAAUUAUUUUUAUUCUGGGGCUCAGAAAAAAGGCUAGAUAAACUGCACUUUUUAAAAUGAGGUAUUUGAUUACCCAAGCCCCCCCCCAGACUGAGGCACAACGUGUCCUGCACUGGUUCCACAACCAGCCAAUCAUGGGUUUGGACCUCAUUACAGUCAUAAUCCAGACAGGGUGUCUGGAAGAAACGCUAAACGCCAUGUCAACUUGCAAAUCAUCUUCCUGUGGUAACAUAUAAAAUGGGCAAAUUAAAAAAAAAGGCCCAAGAAAAGUCUCUUUUGAGACCAAAACAGCUUCCUGCAAGACAGCACAGAUUACCAUGCAAACCUCUGAAUAAGUCCCAUUGGUUUAUAAGACACUUAUUCAGGGAGAUUUACCUCAUUGGCAAAUAAAAACCAAAUUCAGACAAUUGUUUCCAUCCUGCAUAACGGGAAGUUUGGUGGUGGAAAGAAAUGAAUGAGGUUCCAUUUGGGUUGGUUGGUCACAGCUGCCAUACUAGUUUUCAAAAAGUCCCAGAAGCAACAAUUCUCAUAUUUUAAGUGUGGACCAAAUGUAUGCUACACCUAAACACUCACAGAUGUUUGAUUUAUUUAUGAUAACAUUAAAAAUACGCAGUAUCAAACAUUUAUGCUUGCCACGCCCACAUCUUGAACAUGACAACAUUGGUAUGCCAUUGACUGUAUCAAAGAGAGUGAUGUCAUCCAAAGAAAAUACUUUACUUCCGGUUUAAACCAUCUUAAGUCAAUUCACUCGUCUUUCUUUGCCAUAUGGACACCAGAUGUCAGUAAGUAGUUAUUGGUCCAAGUCGAUCUGAGUCAACGUUUCUAUAGCGACCAUUUGCACCAAUUAGGAGGGCCACACCCACUCGAAAACAGGCAACAUAAAGUCGGUCAAACUCUUUGAAUGUUGGACGGAGGGGCCAGCAGGCUCCACCUACUGUUACUGAGGAAUUUGGUCAGUUUAUAAUUUGAAUCAUUUGAAGUAUAGAAAAAUAUAAUAAAAAAGAGGGUUAUCAAGAAGAUGUUAAAAAGUAUCAGAGAAAGAAAGGUCAUUGUAACAAACAGAAUGACCGAGUAACAGCUGUUUAGUUCUCUAUAGAAGUCUUUGGGAUUUUGGACUAACCCUAACCCUAACCCUAACCCUUGGAGCCAACAGGAACUUCCUGUUUGGAACCCAAGGGGGAGGAGUCACUCAGUCCAGUUCUAAUAGACAGUCAAUGGCUUCAUUUGACCUCUUUCUUUUUUUAAUGGCAAAACAGAAAAUGUCAUUCAAAAAUGUAAUGGAACACCAGGGGGGAGGGGUCACUCAGUUCAGUUCUCAGAUACAGUCAAUGAAGCCAUGUUCUGUUUAGAGCAAAUCUAAAAUAGUCGCUCCUCAGCUCUGAAACGUUACCUUUAAAUUGGAAAAUAAUGUGAAAUCGGUUCUUCGGAGAUGUCUGCUGUGGCAAUCAAUGUUUUUAUAUUUUUAUAGUCUUUUCUCUCAAUGAAAAUAGCUAUAGACAAGGCUUUAGCUAACUAGCUAGUUGUAGGCUAGUGUGGCUAACCUUUGCUAAUGCACUUUAGAACAACCCUGGAAGCUUUGGCUUACGGCGCCCUCUGUUGAGUAUAUGUUGCAUCCUGCUCGAUGUUAAAGACAUAUUUGAUCAAUGAGAGGCUUAUUUUCCGGUUUCUAUGGGAAACAUUUCAAUCUUCUAUCACAGUUUACACAAAAAAAUAAGUACAAUCAGAAAACGUGUGUGUGUAAUCAGUAAACAAUAAAAUCUUGUAAAGUAAUGUUCUAAAUUUGUCUAAAGCUUCAAAUGAAACUUGUGAGGACUGGUUUUCCAUGUUUUGUCUCAGUGAGAGUUUGAUCAUGAAUUUAUGUUAUGCAAGCACUUGUGAAGUCGCAUCUCUCCUUCAUUUUUUCCUUUUUUUCUCAAAAGCUUCAGUGUUGUGAGUUGGAUCGAAAGUGUGUUCUGUGAUCUGUCAAUUUUUGUCGCCAAUUUUGACCAAAGAUUUUGCUCAGUUGACAAGGGGGGGGCGUGCCAGAGUGGGGGUCUGUGUCGAGGGGCUUUGCUGGGUCCCUCUGAGGCAAACAGCAGUAUUAGGGGGUGAGACUCUCUUUGAAACAGUUUGGAAAAUAAUCUUUUGACUGAAAAGUUGGAAAUGACAUGCUUCUGUAAGGUAUUGAUAAAGGAAUUCUCUCCUGGGACGAUACUUGAUCAAGGCGUCGCUCUGGUGUCGUGUGUCUUUACAGCUGCAAAAAGCUAACAGCAUGAACUGUGAACGAGUCCAACACUGAUUAUAUUCAUGGAAGAUGCUCUUUAAUAAAGUGGCCCCUGGAAAAGAGAACCGCUAAACAACAUGUUUAUGAAAUGUAUAUUCUGUGAAUAGAGUGAACUGUAAUCUCAAAGACACCAAAAAUAUACUGUAUUAAAUAGGAGACUUUACCACUGACAUGAAAUUUAUUCCUUCAUCGUUCAUGACUGAACAAGAGCACUGUGCUGUACAUUGUGAUGAUUUCACCAUGGGUUGUUGUCUUGUACUGAUCCAUACUCUGUAUAUUUUUCAGUCUGUAUUUAAAGAAAAGAUUUUAGACCAUUUGGUUCCAUUUUGAAUUAGUUUAAAAGAGAGGGUCCAUAAACAAAAUGUGGUGAUAAAUGUGUGUGUCUUUUUCAGUAAUGUUGCAUUGUUCUUUCAAAUUCAAUAAAAAGCCAUAUGUUUGAGA